UAGCGGAUGUGUUUCCGGGUCGCUGGUUGUCGAGCAGUCAUUGCUGUUACCCCUACCUGUUAGCCGCAGCUGCGAGGAAGAAAGCCAGUAAAAAAUGCAAACGUCUAUAGUGAACUUCGCCGUUUUCUCAUUGUUGCAUGUUUUAUUGUCUUUGUCCUGUUUUCAAGAUGUUAUCGAAGCAGCCAGCGGGAGAGGAUUUGGAGAUAAUAUCAACUGGAGGACACUGGAUGAUGGAAAGAAGGAAGCCGAGGCCAGCGGGCUGCCGAUUAUGGUCCUCAUCCACAAGAGCUGGUGCGGAGCCUGCAAAGCACUGAAGCCCAAAUUUGCUGAAUCCAAGGAAAUCUCUGAACUGGCACACAACUUUGUAAUGGUCAACCUGGAGGAUGAGGAGGAGCCAAAGGAUGAGACCUUCAGCCCAGAUGGAGGAUACAUUCCUCGGAUUCUUUUCCUCGAUCCCAGCGGCAAAGUCCAUCCUGAAAUCACCAACAAAAACGGGAACCCCAACUAUAAGUACUUUUACAGCAACGCAGAACAGGUUGUGUCAGGCAUGAGGGAGGCGGAGGAGAAGCUGACGGGCGACGCCUUCAAGCGGGGUCACACUGGAGAUGAGCUGUGAGGAGGUGGAGGCGGGCUCCAGGCUGUAAGGGCUACACCUCCUCUACCUGAGCCUGGGCUUCAUCACUCCCGCUAACAGCCCUCCUCAUCAUUUCUACUCGUACAGCAAACAGCGGGCUCCGUCUCGCUGAUGGAGCAAAGCCGACCUUUUAAUGACAUCGGUGCUUGAGUAUUUCAUUUUGUCCUAAUUCUCCUGUCGUUGUUUUAAAAUCAUGCAAGUUACUGUUAACCAAAUGACUUGUACUGUACUUGCUGACUGUAGAGGAUAUAAUUAACUCAAGCUUGCCACGUUUCCUGGUAUUGGAUAUUAUCUUACUCAGUUAUGCUGUUAAAGCACAAAAAAAGCCUAGUUUUUUUUUUCAAUGGACAACCAUAACACGUGGUCUUUUUUUUAAGAGUCUAGAAGCAGAAAACAGCUGUGCCUGCCAUUUAUUUUCAUUUUGAUACAAACAUAACUGGGCUGAUGGUUUGAGGACAAAUGUCUCUUACAGCCUGAUGGCAGAUGGAAUUACUCAGACAUCAGCCCAUCCCUGCUCGUCCAGAUAUUUUCACCUCUGAUCAGCUUCUAAAGUUGUCAAGAUUACAUCUGUGCAAGCUGGUCCUACAAGAGAUCCUUUGUUUCUCAUGAUCAUAGAAAAAAUAAAUCAUUAUCUAAAGGAAAAAAAAGGUUUGUUGUGCCAAAAAAAUGAGCUUUAUCACAGUAAUGAUGGUUAACUCUUUUAGAAAUUACAGCAUUAUAUUAGUUUAGGGCUUGCCACUUGUUCCCUUUCUAGUUCUUCAUUAUUCAAUAAUAUUUAAACACCAACAGUGAUGUGCUUCCAAAGAUCCUCUACAGUUUUUAAGUUAUAUCUGCAGUGGUACUUACCAUGUGCACAACACUAGAUUUGUAUGUAUGAUUUAUGUCGGUGGUUCCCAACGGUUUUUCCAUAGAAGUAUCCACCCAAUUGCCAUCUUAAAAACAAACGUGGGACCCCCUCUUUGCUGCAUGGACAUGCAUAUUUUAAGGAUUAUCUCCAAGAUCGAGUUUUUUGGUGGAACGUCGUGUCUAGCUCAUCUUCAUAGCCAAGGUAUUCCACGUCCUUGAGGCUGUAAAUGUUGUGGUCCUACAUGUCACCAUGGGUUAAAGGAGAUUUAAUUUCUCCCUGAAGUAUGUUCAUAUGUCCAGUAAAUUGGUGCUCAAAUCAGAACAUAAAGAUGCUGUUAGAGCUCCUAAUUUGACUUUUUUUUUACUCUGUGAUCCAGUUUGCACAUGAAGACUGUUUGCACUGCCUGAUGUUUGAUUCAGGAUCCUGAAACCAUUAAAUGCAUCAAUCGGCUUUUGUACAGAAAAUCAAGUACUUUUUUAAAGAAUUAUCACUUGCAAUUUUAAUAAAACACACAACCUACAUAUGCAGUGUUCUGUGCAAGAGCAGCUUGAUGCGUUUUAUUCUCAGACUUUUUAUUACCCAGGAAAUGUGAUUUUAUUCACGUGCAAACAGUGACAUCCUUAAGUUGGGAACCAUUGAUUUUUAUACUAUAAUCCAGUCUUUCACAUAAUCCUGCUAAUUUCUGUGUACUUUGCUAUAUUUCAACCAUUUUGCUUUUGUUCUGCUGCAUGUGAAGUAACACCAGUCUUUCCUUUUACCAACGGCUUUGUUAGUUUCAAAAUGAGGGAUAAAAACUUUGGUGUCUUGAUGUAUUUUAUACAUGUACAAAGGCAAGUGUGCAGAUAAAAGUUUGUUGUACUGAG